AUGUCCAUGGCCGACUUGACCGCGCUGCGAAAGCACAUUGCCAGCCCAGCAACACAACAUGAGCAAGAUUACCUAGUCGGCUUCCGCGGAAUCCUUGUCAUUGAGGGCUUCCUGUGGAUGUUUUUGCAAACUUUUGCGCCGACGACGGUAUAUGCUUCCAAUAACCCCGGCGGGCCUCACGGCCAAGAGAUUGUCAGAAAAGUUCUUUCCGUCUUAUUCUGGAAUGAAUAUUUCCUGUACGGAUCAAUCAUCUUUCUUUCGGCUCGCUCGAUAGCCAUUCCAUUCUUUCGCAAUCCUACAAAGGAGACAGCCGCACGCUCGCUGCUCACUCGCGCCUUGUCGCUUUGCAUUCCCGUGGCUAUCUCUAUGGCCAUCAUCAAGGGUUCAAUCACUUCGUCCUUCAUCAACACCGUCACGCAAUUCAAGGCAGAUACCAACAACUUGUCCCUGCCAGUUCCGUACAAGCUUCCCACGACGCUGUCGUAUUGGAAUUCUGUUUUUGAUUUGUUUUGGACUACUCACGGCUUCGAGUCGCAAGCGGCCAACUAUGCCUUUCCUACCCAGACCAUUUGGAUCAUCAAUGCCGUCUACAUCCAGAGCUACACCGUGUACAUGACCAUGCUGAUUGUACCCCAUACGCGCGCGAAAUGGAGAGUUCAGUUUUCUGUUCCCUUCGUAGUAGCCGCCUGGUGGUGUAACUCGUGGGCAUGGUACACCAUUUCCGGAUUGCUCAUGUGCGACAUGGUCAUGCACAUGGACUUCAAAGCCAGAGCACAGCGGGGGAUUCCCAUCCAAUUCCGCGACUUGGCUCUGCGUGGAAAAGAUGGCCGCCCUCUGCGCAUCCCAACAUGGCUCGUUGGCGGAACUAUCAUGGUGGGCGGGCUUCUCAUGCAAUAUUUCUGGGUGGCCUGGCGACCCAGCUUAUUUUUUGCGGAAUGGAGGAUCCAUUCGAACCCCUAUACCACCGCGUCUCUUGAUAACAACUAUAUGACUGAUCACACUGACUCGCGAGACGAUGUCUACCUCACUAUCGUGGGAUUUUUCAUCGUGCUUGAAACCUUUGACGUCCUACAACGUGCUCUGCAAAACAAAUUCUUGCUCUACCUGGGACGCCGAUCCUUGAGUUACUUUCUUCUACAGUCCAUCUUUGCCUACAUAGUUGGCAUCCGCGUAUUUGACAGCCUUCGGAACCAGCACAAAAUUUCCUACGGAGGAUCGGUCAUGGUGACUCUUAUUACCUGUUUAGCUAUUACUGUGCCCGCCGCAGAGCUAUUCCAUCGUCUCAUUGUGAUCCCCAGCCGAUAUCUCAGCCACAACUUUUACGAAUUCAUUGUAUCUUAG